AUGAGUGACGUCAUGCAAUGCCCUUGGAGUAAUCAGUCUCUAAAAGGAAUGCUGGGUGGGCUGCAGCAUCCCGAGCAAUCUUGGACUGGGCACGUGGAUGCAGCUUACCCAUUAGACUUAGCCACUUUGGAAACAGGUCUGCGAGAAGCAAGGAAAACUCUUGGAAGCGCUGGGGAGGAAAGUAAAGUAAAGAAUGUGGGGGAGGUAGGCAAAUAUCCAUUGCAGCCCCCUCUGCCUCACAGAGGUGCAGAAAACUUUGAGGAAGUUCCCCAUAAUUCUCGAAUUGGUGAAUCCCUUAUCCUGACUAAGUAUUAUCAGCAUAUCUUGGCCAUGAUAUUUGCUGUGAAGAAGAUCAAGGAAGACCUCCAGCUCUUACCUAAUAUCAGCUUGGGCUUCAGAAUCUAUGAUAGAUAUGCUGAGGCACAGACAUAUCAUGCCACAAUGGAACUUUUCUCCAGUCAGAACAGAUUCAUUCCCAAUUACAAGUGUGGCAUCCUGAACAAACACGUAUCGGUUGUCGGGACUAUUGAUCCUGGAAUUGCUUUUCUUAUGGUAGACAUUUUAGACACUUACAAACUUCCACAGUUCCAAACUGGCUCUUCUCCAAAUGAAAGCCCUUUUUACUACCGCAUGGCUCCAGGUGAAGAAGUUCAUUACAGGGGGAUUAUUCGACUACUUUUGCACUUCAGGUGGACUUGGGUUGGAGUACUUUUGAAAGUACUUGGAGGAGAAUUUGAGCGACUAAUCUUUUCAAUGUUUUCUCUCCAUGGCAUCUGCAUUUCCUUCUUGGAACAGUUCAGACCAGUUCAUUUUACCAAUUUUUUUGAUGAUUUGAAAGGGCUUGAGGCAACCUUUCAUCUUCUUAUUAACAGCAAAGCCAAAGCUGUCAUAACCAAAGAUGACUAUCUUUUAAAUUUAAGAUGGUUGUUACAACUACCUGAAAUGGAAAUUGUUUCUGUAAGGCCAAAAGGCAAGGUGUGGAUCGUGGCUUCCCAAAAGGGUCUUGCAUCGUUCUUUUAUCAGAGGAGCUGGGAUAUCCAAGUCCUCCACGGUGCUCUGACCUUUGCACCUUACUCAAAUGAAGUUGCAGGAUUCCAGCAUUUUCUCCAGACAAGGAACCAUUUCUCAUCAAAAGAGGAUGGUUUUCUCAAAGAUGUGUGGGAGCAAGCAUUUGACUGUGUGUUUCCAAAUCCAUCUGGGAAUGAGGAAACAGAGGCUGUCUGUACAGGGAAGGAAAAAUUGGAGAGCCUUCCUGGGGCCUUUUUUGAAAUGAGGAUGACCAGUGAUAGUUACAGUAUAUACAAUGCAGUGUAUGCUGUGGCACAUGCUUUACACGCCAUGAGGUUGGGCCAACAACAGCACAAGGGAAAGUUGAAUGGCAGAAAACCAAAUCUUCAGGAUCUCCAGCCAUGGCAGCUUCACUACUUUUUAAAAAGAGUCUCAUUUAACAACAGUGUUGGGAAUGAAAUUUCCUUUGAUGAGAAUGGAGAACUGGCUGCAGGACUGGAUAUUGAGAACUGGGUCACAUUCCCAAACCAGUCCUUCCAUCGUGUGAAAGUUGGGAAGCUGGAUCCCUGGGCUGCUGAAGACAAAAUGUUCACCAUUCAUGAGGAAGCCAUCACCUGGCCCAGCACUUUCAACCAGACACUGCCUGUUUCGGUGUGUACCGAGAGCUGCCUCCCUGGUUAUUUCAGGAGAAAGCAGGAGGGGAAGCCGUUUUGCUGCUAUGAUUGCAUUCCGUGUCCCAAAGAGAAAAUGUCAAGCCAGAAGGAUCUGGAUGACUGCUCCAAAUGCCCAGAAGAUCAAUAUCCAAAUAAGGACCAAGGUUCAUGUAUUCCCAAGAAAAUAUCUUUCUUGACCUAUGAAGAACCAAUGGGAAUAGGUUUAGUCAUUCUGGCACUUUCCUUUUCUUUCUGCACAGUUGUGGUGCUGGCAACAUUUUUGAAGUAUCACCAUACUCCCAUUGUCAAGGCCAAUAACCGAAGUCUCACCUAUCUUCUACUCAUCUCCCUCCUCCUCUGCUUCCUUUGCUCACUGCAGUUCUUCAUUGCACCUGGCAAUAUAAUAUGUCUCCUCCGACAAAUUAGUUUUGGCAUCAUCUUCUCCGUGGCUGUGUCUUCUGUGCUGGCAAAAACCAUCACUGUGGUUCUGGCUUUCAUAGCCACCAAGCCAGGAUCCAGGAUGAGGAAAUGGAUGGGAAGAGGACUGGCCACUUCCAUUGUUCUUUCUUGUUCCCUGAUUCAGGCAGGCAUCUGCACAGUGUGGCUCUUCACAUUUCCACCAUUUCCCGACAUUGAUACCCAUUCAGAAAUUGAGGAAAUCAUCCUGCAGUGCAAUGAAGGCUCAGCUACCAUGUUCUACUGUGUCCUGGGCUACAUGGGCUUUCUGGCAGCUGCCAGUUUCAUAGUAGCUUUUUUCUCCAGGAAGCUCCCAAGCAGUUUCAACGAGGCCAAAUGUCUCACAUUCAGCAUGCUGAUCUUCUGCAGUGUGUGGCUCUCCUUUGUUCCCUCCUACCUGAGCACCAAAGGGAAAUACAUGGUGGCUGUGGAGGUUUUCUCCAUUUUGGCCUCUAGUGCUGGGUUGCUAGGCUGCUUAUAUUUCCCCAAAUGUUACAUAAUUAUUCUCAGGCCAGACCUAAACAGCAAGGAUCAACUAAUAAAGAGAAACGAUUAA